ACCCCGCGCCGCCUGCACCUCUAUCGUCUCGGUUGACAUGGAUGAUGAAGAUGGCAGGUGCUUGCUAGAUGUAAUUUGUGACCCACAAGCACUCAACGAUUUUCUUCAUGGAUCAGAAACACAACUGGACACUGAUGACCUAUUGGAUGGCUCAGGUGACCCGUCCAGCUCAUUCUUCUCCAGCACUGGGGGCCACGUUCCUGAGGUCCCGGCACAGGUUCAGCUGUCGACAAGUGAGCCGGGCCUUCCAAGAGUCAGCGUUGAUUUGGACUUCUUGGAGGACGAUGACAUAUUGGGGGGAUCGCCGGGAGGAGACAACGGAAGUAAUGGUGUUGGUACAAAUCAUGAGCCCUGUGACAUUUUGCAGCAGAGCUUGGCGGAGGCUAACAUCACAGAGCAGAGCCUUCAAGAGGCAGAUGCUGAGCUUGACCUCAGUUCCUUUGGGCUAACUGGCCUGACGCAGGUGGUUCAACCCCUGCCUGAUGCCGGCUUGUCUGGGGUGGGCAUUGGAGGUGCAACUCAGAUUUUUCCAAACCAAGGCACCCCUACCGCACCCUCAAAUCCCACUCCAGAUAUGCUCGGUUCCGUCCUGGCACAUCCAAGUCUGCAGCUUCAACAACAGGUCAUGAACAAGGCUAUUAGCGUCCAGCCCUUCGUACAACAAGUCGGACUUGGAAAUGUAACGCUUCAGCCCAUUUCGAGCCUUCAGGCCCUACCGAACGGCAGCCAGUCUGGACCAUUGGGCAUUGGACAAAUUCAAGUGGUGGGCCAACCCACUGUAAUGACUAUAAAUCCAUCUGGGCAGCAGAUCUUGACGAAAACCAUGGGUGGCUACCAACUGCAUCAACCUGGGCCUGAGGCAGCAAGUGCUGGAACGCAGGCUGGGCUUGGAAGUUCUGUUUUGAGUUCAGGGGGUGGACUUGUAAUUCAAGGGGGCAAGGCCACUCUAGGGUCCCCUGCCUUAAAUGGGCCAGCUGUCUGCCUAAGCAGCACAAAUACCAACAACAGUGCAACUACAAUGGCCACUGCUGGUGGUAUAGUGGGUUUUAGUAAUGCCUCUUUGGGUGCAGGAAUUGGAUCUCAAACCCAGCCUCAAGGCCAAAUCAUGCAGAAUGUCAUCAUCCAGCGAACACCAACGCCAAUACAGCCCAAACCUCCUCAAGGGGGUGCCAUCCAACCCAAAAUCUUCAAGCAACAACAACAGCUUCCUGCCCCACAUGCCUUGCCAAAUGAUGCUAAUAAGGCUCUGGGGGUACAGCAGAUCCCAGUGUCAGCUGGUCAGAAUGUAACGUUCCUCACAGGGAAGCCUGCCUCUAACGUAGUUUUGAGCACACAGGCAGCGUCGCAGGGAACACAGUUUUCUCAAGCGCUCUUUAAACAACAGGGCCCUCAAACAUCAGGCAAACCCCUCAGUGUUCACUUGUUAAACCAACAGGGCAGCAUUGUCAUUCCCUCGCAAACUGUCCUACAGGGCCAAAACCACCAGUUCCUCUUACCAGGGCUUCAAGCAGGAGGCCAGAUCCUGACUCAGCAUCCUGGUGGACACAUCAUUACCAGUCAGGGGCCCGGAGGGCAGAUAAUCGCUAAUCAAAUCUUGACAGCCAAUCAGAACAUCAACCUGGGUCAGGUGUUGGCCUCACAGGGCCACCCUGGUGCAGCCCAUAUUCUCUCUGGACACAUUCAGCUCCAGCCUGGUCAGAUGGGUCAGCCUGCGCUGUUCCAAAUGCCAGUGUCUUUGGCGCAUACUCAGACACAGUCCCAUCCGGUAACUGGUCAUGUACAAACGGUCAUUCAAGGCAUGCCUAUACAGAAUUCCCUGUCUGUGGAGAGCCUUAGCCCAGCCGUCAGUUUACAGACAUUGCAGCAGUCUGGCGGCGUCCCUAAUAAUGGUAGCAGCGGAUCGACGGCCAUGACGCCGUGCCAGCCAGGAGAGGGUAUCACUGUAUUGGGCGGCUCUUCUGACUCUGCUGCUCAACCAGCACAGACGCAACCUCAGCCCUCAAUUCUCACGGUUCAGACGACACCUCCAGUUUCAGUAGCAGCUUCGGUUCCUUCCUCUUCAUCUCCAUCCCCAACAAUGGCCACGUCUGCAUCCUCAAUGGUGGGUCUGAGUUCACAGGCCCAGCAUAGCCCAGGAAAAUUGUUGUUCACGUCACCUGGUUCCGGCAUGAUCCUGAGCCAGGAGUCUCUUCAAAUGUUCCUGCACCAGGAGCAACAGCAUCAAGCAGGAAAAGACCCACCUGCCGCUGUGGGUGUACCUGCAUCUGUUAUCGUCAGCGGCAGCAGUUCUGGUCCCGCCCCUUCAGGCCAUGACAACUUGUUAGCUGAGACUCGGCAGAGGCAGAGUCCCAGUCCCUCCCUUGGUCCCGCCCACAUGGCAACAGUGGUUAACAAGGUGCCAUCGUCAGCACAUUCACAGACUUUAAAGAUCCAAAGCGCCUCCCCAUCUCAGCCUGUGGUCACCCCUACGCCAGCACCCACACUGUCCGACAGCCCUCAACCUGCUCAAGUUUCCCCCCUCACCCUCGGGCAGCAGAUCCAGUCUCCCCAUCAGCAGUCUCGGCCUCCCUCGCAACCCCAGCCUCCUUCACAGGCACAGACUCCUUCGCGCUCAUGCACACCUUCCUCUCUACCGCCUCUCUUCAUCAUCCACAAUCAGAUGGGAGGUUCUCCACAGCCGGCUCCUCCACCUCAGCAACAGCAGCCUCAGCAGUUACAAGUGCAGCUCCAGCCUCAAGUUCUUCCUCAGCCUGCUGCUCUGCAGCCAGACAUACCUCCUUCCUCGUGCUCCCCGAAGCCUCCGCAGCUGCUUCCCGCACAGUUUCAGUUCCAGCCUCCCGUCUCGAGCUCAUCUCCAGCUGCAGCAGUGAAACAGCAGGUGACUGUGGUGCCUGGGCUGACCGCAGAACAGCAGCAUCACCUACAGCUGGUCAGUGCGCAGCUGCAGACCAUGUCGUCCAUCACACAGCCCUCUCCUCAACAAAAGCAGCUCUUGGAAAAACUUCACCAGGUCCAGCAAAACAUACUUUUACAGGCUAAGCAGCAAGCUCAGGCACAAGCCCAGGCCUCUCAGCAACAGGCUACAAACCAGUUCAACAAAAUGCCAGAUCAGCCUUCAGUCCAAGCUGCGACUUCAACGGCCACUGGAGCUAUUCAAACGCCAGUCCAGUCUCUUUUGCCGCAGAAGUCUGUGCUUGUCAAGCCUUCUACUACAGGUGCAAAUGACACACAAGUGUUUUCUGCGGUGUCUGCUGGGGCUACAGUCAACCCGGGAAUCACAACUCCAAACCUUGCACAGGCUGUUCAGGCAAAGCCAGGCGUCAUAAGUUCGGUUAGUGGGUUAACGCUGGGCAAAGCAGGUUUGCAGAUUCAGGUUUUAGGUGCUGGACUCUCACAAAUGCCUGCACCUCCACUACCUGCUCCCCAAACACAGACAUCAACAUUAAAAAGGGCCUUUACUAUGGAACCAAGCAAAGAAGCUAGGAUGCUGGAACAGCUGCGAAAACAGCAAGGCUCAGUUCUCCAUCCUGACUACAGCUCCCCUUUCCGCUCUUUUGAGGACACACUUCAUCGGCUGCUGCCAUACCAUCUGUACCAAGGCACAGCUUCAUCUCCGGAAGACUAUCGUAAAGUGGAUGAUGAAUUUGAGAACGUCUCAAGCCAGCUCUUGAAACGUACACAAGCAAUGCUGGAUAAAUAUCGUCACUUGCUUUUCGAGGAAUCAAAGCAGAGGCUGGGUCCCUCAGCAGAGAUGGUUAUGAUUGACCGGAUGUUCAUUCAAGAGGAAAAGGUGGCUCUGAGUCAGGACAGGGUCCUGGCCAAGGAGAAACCAGAGGAAUUUGUGGCCAAUUCUUGUUUGGUGGACGGCAGUGCAAUGAAGCUUGAAAAGGUGGAGCUUAGUUCUGUAAGAACUGCAUCAACAGUGGUUUUAGCUCCGCCUACAGCAGCCACGCCUGCUCCUGCCACAACAGUUGCCCCUGCUCCAGCCCCUACGCCUGCUCCAGCUGCUGCCCCGACUCCUGCUCCUGCUCCUGCCCCUGCACUCUUCCCUCCGACGAAACUGGUGAUCAAGCAAGGUGGAGGGGGAGCUUCAGUCUCCUGGUCCACCAGCUCCACCCCUACGCCUGCUCCGGUGGUGCGACCGCCUGCUGAGCCAGUCGCACCAAGUGCCUCCUUCAGCCGCACUCCGUCCUCCCGCCCUGCUGACGACGAUGAUGACGUUGCACUUCCCCAGCGGACCAGCAAACCACCCAUAAAGACCUACGAGGCACGUCGGCGAAUAGGUUUGAAGCUGAAGAUCAAACAAGAGGCAGGGUUUAGUAAGGUGGUUCACAACACUGCAUUAGAUCCGGUCCAUUCCCAAUCCCAACUCACACCACAGACGCCCACCCCCGAGCAGCCGCAGAAAGUAAAGCCACACGUAACCCUUCCCUCCACCGUCAUUAGAACUCAAACCACAACCUCUCAAUCCACCUCUUCUUCCACUGUCACCACAGUAACCACACACACAGCCUCCGCCUCCAGUAGCGCAACGUCCUCGAGCGGGGCUUCGUCUUCAUUCUCCACCUGGUCGUCAUCGUCUCCUUCUACGUCGUCCGCGCAGAUGAACGGCACCCUGGAGCACCAUGAGGUAGGUGGGGUCAAACGUAACCCAGCGUCCACAGCAACGCCACCACUAACAACGUGCAGACUCCCCCUGCGAAAGACGUACCGUGAGAACAUCAGUCCCCGUCACAGGCCUGGAGUACCAGGAGGUGGUGGAGAUACGUUACCCAUUCUGCCCGCAGGACCUCCUGUUACCUCUUCACCCCAACCGCAAAGCUCGUCCCCUCAACCCGAACGAACUGUGAUAGCCAGUGUGAAACUGGAGCGGCAAGGUGGACACGGGCGAUCUCACCCCCAUGCCGAGUCACAAAGCCUGGCAGCGGUAGAAGACGUCCUUUAUCGGGGAAUAAAAAACGCGUACCACCAUCAUCGGGAGUUUGAUAAAGACGAUGAGGAUGAUAUGGAGGAAGGUGGUGGUGGUGGUGCUUUGGGGCGAUUAAAGGGCAUAGGGAGCAAAAACCGAGAAGGGGGACGGGGUGCCUUCAGGAUGGAUCAGCAUGCCCCAGGGCCGCCCUCUCCUGGAGAGUCUUCCUGCACAAGAGACUCGUCACUUCCUGCCAAACGCUGCAAGUCGGACUCUCCGGACAUGGACAAUGCAAGUUUCUCCAGCGGCAGCCCGCCGCCUGACGACUCGCUAAAUGAGCACCUGCAGUGUGCCAUAGACAGUAUACUAAACCUCCAACAGGGCCCUCCUGGACACGGAGGCUCAGGGAGAGGGGAUUUAGGGAGGGUUCAUGGGGCAAACCUGCCUAACCAGCACCAAACCCAUCCCUCCUACAGACAGUCCAUGCCUCCCCUCUCCACACAGCCCUCGUCCACCCCCAUGUCCCAGCAUUCACAGGUAGGAGGGCGAGGGCAGAAUGGAAAUCUGGUUUCACAGACGCACAGUAGAUAACAGCCCCUUUAGCCCACGUUGACCGAAAGACUGAAAAAGCAGGAUGUCAAUGCAUAGGGGGAAGAAAAUGGAGACAUUUUCCCAUGUUCAGCUGUGUUUGCUUUGUUUGUCUGUGGUUUGUGCUGAUCAAGCGUGUUCUUUUGGUUUACAUAUGGCCCUUUAAGUGUACUUUCUAAAUAUAAAAAGUGCACUUUGAUAUGAUUUUCAGAUUUUUGUCACUUUUUUUUUUCUUCCGGGUGCGAAGCUGGGGCGGUUCCAACGUCCAUAUCCCAGUUAUUUUAGUGUUUCUCAAAUUGUGAGAAGACACGACCAGUAAUUUAAUUAGUAAUGUUUGUAAUAAUCACAGUGACGGAUGCAGAUUGCAGGAACUUUAAGUGAUAUCAUGAAAUUGUCAUAUCAAACAGUUAUUUUGGAGAGACCAAUGGAUCCCUUUGUUAGAACGAUCCCCCAUAUUAUGAUUUAUUGAUCAUUAUGGAUCAUUGCAUUAUAGUAUAGCGCCCUGAAAGCUUGAUUUGUUGUUUUGUUAUCUUACUAUACAGAAAUCAACAAUGACGCAUUCACAAAUAGACAAAUCACCCAAACUCUAGGAAAUCCGUUGACCUUUAAAGCAUUCCAGUAUCAAGAGCACAUUUACAAAUCAAACAUACAAUCAUAGCACAGCAAAUUUGGCUCGCCCUUCUAAUAAAUGAUUUUUUUUUUUCUUCGUGAGAACAUUGCAACAGCCAUUUUUCAUCUCUGAAGUGCAGAGCGUGAUAUCCCUCAUUUAUGUUUUAUUUUUGCAUAUGUAUGUGCAGACACUUGUUCAAAUUUAAGAUAGAAUCACUGAAAGACUUGGAAACCAUUCAGAAGCAAACACAGCGAAAAGCAAUGACAUGGACAAAAAGAACAAUAAUAAUGUAAAGAGAAAAAAAGAAAAUAGAACUGUAAGAAUUUGAAGUAUAGUACUACAGAUUAAUUUUGUAUUGUAUUUAUUGUGUAUAAUGACACUUUUUAAAAAAACUGUACAUUUAGUAAAACUGUAAAUUAAACCUCGCUUCUUUUAUGAAACAAC